CAGAAAGAACAGUAAAAAUGCAGGCAGGGCACAGGAAAAAGCAGCACGGACAAAAUGUAUCUGAAAUGUCAGUUUUUAAAAUCUUCAAAUUUGUCGCCGGUUCCGGCCCCCGUAUGUCCCGACGCUCGCAGGGACCGGGAACACGGAAGCCGGAUGCUGGCAUUGGCCGGAGGAGAUGGCCGGGGACGCUGCAGGGGACACAUCGUGGGAGCGAAGGACAAGGUAAGUGCUGCAGGAAAGCCCUGAGCAACACUGCAUGGUAAGCCCGAGUGUAGCUCGGGGUUACUGCUUUUGGUACUGAAAU